AAGUAAAGAUGUCUCAAGAUCCAAUUAUGCAAAUUAUACGUUCAAUCAUGGAUCUCUCAGCUCUACUAUUCAUGUUGCGUCACACCUCCAGAGGCCCCACGACAGACAUGAUCUCCCCCCACUCUCCAUCACGCGGCACGUGCCCCGCGUUCUCCUGCUCUUUCCUAUAGCGACUUCCGUCGCCGGCGUUGGGUUCCCCCGGCGGCACCCACGUCUAAACUGCAACACCUAUAGGCAGUAGCUAGCGAUAAAACCAACUAUAAAUUGGACGCUAUUUCCAUCAGUUUGCCGUCCAUACUCGACACUCCCCACCAUGUCUCCAAACUUCCAAGUCUCCUCCGCUGUUGCCAGAGAAUACGAGCAAGAAUACUCCGCUCACAACUACCACCCAUUGCCAGUGGUGUUCUCCAGAGCCGAAGGCGCCCAUGUGUGGGACCCUGAAGGCAAGGAAUACUUGGACUUCUUGUCCGCUUACUCUGCCGUCAACCAGGGCCAUUGCCACCCCAAGAUCGUGGAGGCCUUGGUGGACCAGGCCACCAAGUUGAACUUGUGUUCCAGAGCGUUCUCUUCUGACGUCUUCGGAGUGUUUGCCAAGUACAUCACCGAGUACUUCAACUACGAGAUGGUGUUGCCCAUGAACACCGGUGCCGAAGCUGUUGAAACCGGGUUGAAGUUGGCCAGAAGAUGGGGUUACCUCAAGAAGGGCAUCCCAGAGGGUGAAGCCAUCAUCUUGUCUGCUGUCAACAACUUCCACGGUAGAACCUUGGGAGUCAUUUCCAUGUCCACCGACCCUGAAGCUGCUGAAAACUUUGGUCCAUACUUGAGUGGUGUCGGACCCCAAAUUCCUGGCGAGCCAAAGGGUACCUUAUUGAGAUACGGUGUCAUUGAGGACGUCGAAAAGGCCUUCAACAACGCCGGCGACAAGAUCGCCGCCAUCUUGUUGGAACCUAUCCAAGGUGAAGCCGGUAUCGUGGUGCCACCCAAGGACUACUUGUCCCAGGUCCAGGCCUUGUGUAAGAAGCACAACGUGUUGUUGAUCUGUGACGAAAUCCAAACUGGUAUCGGUAGAACCGGUAAGAUGUUGUGCUACGAGCACUCCGAAGGCGUCAAGCCUGACGUGAUCUUGUUGGGUAAGGCCAUUUCCGGUGGUGUGAUGCCAGUGUCCGCUGUGUUGUCCUCCAAGGAAAUCAUGCUUACCUUGACUCCAGGCUCCCACGGUUCCACCUACGGUGGUAACCCAUUGGCCUGUCGUGUUGCCAUUGCCGCCUUGGAGGUGGUCAAGGACGAGAAGUUGGUCGAAAGAGCCCAGACCUUGGGUGCCUUGUUGACCUCCAAGCUUGAAGAGUUGCGUGCUGAAUUUGACGGAGUUAUCUCCGAGGUCAGAGGCAAGGGUUUGUUGUCUGCCAUUGUCAUUGACGACACCAAGACCAACGGUAGAUCCGCCUGGGACUUGUGUAUGGUGAUGAGAGACAACGGAAUCUUGGCCAAGCCCACCCAUGACCAUAUCAUCAGACUUGCUCCUCCAUUGGUGAUUUCCGAGGAAGACUUGUUGAAGGGUGUUGAAGCCAUCAGAACCUCGUUGAAGGUGUUGCCAAACGCCCCCAAGGCUGACCAUUAAGCCACUGUCCAUAGUAUACCUGUAUAGUAAUGAGAGAUG